AAGAAGAAGAAGAAGAAGAAGAAGAAGGUGUUUAACAGCGAUCAGAAACCGAAAGUGUUUGAAAGACUUCUGGAUUCUGUUCCUGCAGCACAAGAUCGUCUGAACUACUGCAAGUCAUGAUGAGCAUCUGAUCGUCUUCAGAGACACAAAGAUCUCAGUGUUGAGCUGUUCAUCUGCAGUAUGUCAGAGAAGAGAGGAAAGAUGAGUCUCUCACACAAACAGAGUGUAAGAUCAGACUCACAUGUGUCCAGCUCUGUGUCUGUGAAGAGUGACCGGUCAAAAGGUGAACCACCGAGAUUCAGUGAGGAAACACCAUCAGCUACUGAAAGUGUAAGAUCAGGCUCACAUGUGUCUGUGAAGAGUGACUGGUCAAAAGGUGAACCACCGUUAUUCAGUGAGGAAACACCAUCAGCUACUGAAAGGCUGCAAUAUGAGACAUUAGAUUCAGACUUCCAGAUUAACAGGAAACAUAAGAAUUUUACAGUCAAACUCCUAGGAAUCUUCCAGGAUCUUGAGAAAAAAAUAACCAAUUUUCUAAAAAAUGAGCUGGACAUGUUUAAGAAAAUUUUACAAAAAGAGGACAUGCAAUACUUUGUGAAUUACUUUAAUGAUAACAGAUGCAGUAUUAAAGAAGCAGCUCUUGAUCUCACGCUCUACUUCCUGAGAGAGAUGAAGCAAGAUGAAGCUGCUGAUACUCUAGAAGAUGAGCUGAUCUUCAUUCAUCAGCUAAAGUGUAGCCUAAAGAAGUAUCAAUGUGUGUCUGAAGGAAUUGCAAAGCAAGGUGACUCUACACUUCUGAAGAACAUCUACACCGAUCUCUAUAUCACUCAGGGUUGUAGUGAACAGGUCAAUACUAAACAUGAGGUGAGACAGAUUGAAGUUGCUUCCAGACGUCAUGAAUCACAGGAGAUCCAGGUUGAGUGCAAAAAUUUAUUUAAAGCACCUGAACAAGACAAGCUGAUCAGAACUGUGCUGACAAAAGGAGUUGCUGGCAUCGGAAAAUCAGUCUCUGUGCAGAAGUUUGUUCUGGAUUGGGCCGAAGGAAAAGAAAAUCAAGAUAUCAGCUUCGUAUUUCCUCUUCCAUUUAGAGAGAUGAACUUAAAGGAGCAAGAAAAACUAAGUUUGAUGGACCUUAUAACUCAGUUUUUCCCAGAGACAAAAGGACUGAACCUCACCAGAAGAAAUCGAUUCAAAGUCUUGUUUAUUCUUGAUGGAUUGGAUGAAUGUCGACUUCCUGUAAACUUUAAGGAUAAUGAGACGUGGUCUGAUGUAUCAUCACCAGCCUCUCUAGAUGUUCUCCUGACGAACCUCAUCAAGGGAAAUCUGCUUCCUUCUGCUCUCAUCUGGAUCACCAGCAGACCAGCAGCUGCCAGUAAGAUUCCUCCUGACUGUAUCGACCGGCUGACAGAGAUACGAGGAUUCAAUGAUGCACAAAAGGAGGAGUACUUCAGAAAAAGAUUCACGGAUGAGAAUCAGGCCAAAGAAAUCAUUGAUCAUGUUAAACAAUCAAAGAGUCUCUAUAUCAUGUGCCACAUCCCAGUCUUCUGCUGGAUUUCAGCCACUGUUCUCCAGAACAUAUUAGAGGAGAAAAGAAAUAAUGUUGUGAAAAACAAUCAGGCUGAUGAUGCCUCCAAAACACUGCAGGAGUCAAAUACUGAAGACACCCCUAAGACUCUGACACAAAUGUACACACACUUCCUCAGAUUUCAGAUCCAGCAGAGCAGACGAAAGUAUGAUGGAGAACAUACACCAGAUGUUUCCUGGGAUAAAGAUGCCAUCUUUUCACUGGGGAAACUGGCAUUUGAUCAGCUGGAAAGAAACAAUGUGAUCUUCUAUGACACAGAUCUGGAAGCCUGUGGUAUUGACGUCUAUAAGGCAUCAGUGUACUCAGGCAUGUGUACCCAGAUCUUUAAGGAGGAAACGGGGAUCACUCUUGGUACCAUGUACUGCUUCAUUCAUUUGAGCAUUCAAGAGUUUAUUGCAGCUCUUUAUGCACAUCUGUUUCUAGAUGUCAACAAGAAAUAUGUGUUUGAUCAAGACUCUACAGAACAGGAAAACAAAAGUGAAACCGUGAUUGAUUUGCUCAAGACUGCAGUGGACAAGGCACUAGAGAGUGAUAAUGGACACCUGGAUCUUUUUCUUCGAUUCCUCCUUGGUUUGUCACUCCAGUCCAAUCAGAGACUCUUACAGGGUCUGUUGACACAGCAAGAUGACAAUGACCAGAGCAAAAAAGAAAUAGUUCAGUACAUCAAGCAGAAAUUUGAAGCCAAUCUGUCUCCAGAGAGAUCCAUCAAUCUGUUCUACUGUCUGAAUGAACUGAACGACCAAACUCUGGUGAAAGACAUUCAGACCCACCUUAGCAAAGGAAAUCUCUCAUCUGCUGAUCUUUCACCUGCCCAGUGGUCUGCUUUGGUCUUUGUGUUGUUGACAUCAGAGGAGGAGCUGGAGGAGUUUGAGCUUCAGAAAUUCAAGAAAUCAGACGAGUGUCUAAUUAGAUUAUCAGCAGUCAUCAAAACCUGCAAAAGAGCUCUGCUAAAUGAUUGUGACUUAUCUGACAAAAGCUGUCUAGAUCUGGCUUCAGUUCUUGGUUCAGAUUCCAAUCUGAAAGAGCUAAACAUGAACAAUAAUAAUCUGCAGGAUUCAGGAGUGAAGCUACUCUGCACUGGACUGAAGAAUAUAAACUGCAAAUUAGAGAUACUGAAACUUUCAAACUGCAGUAUCACUGAAGAAGGUUAUAAAGCUCUGGCUUCAGCUCUGAGAUCAAACCCUUCACACCUGAUAGAGCUGGAUCUCACAGGAAAUGAUCCUGGAGAAUCAGGAGUGAAGCAGCUCAGUGAUUUACUACAGGAUCCAAACUGUCAACUCAAGACACUGAGACUUUCAAACUGCAGUAUCACUGAAGAAGGUUAUAAAGCUCUGGCUUCAGCUCUGAGAUCAAACCCUUCACACCUGAUAGAGCUGGAUCUCACAGGAAAUGAUCCUGGAGAAUCAGGAGUGAAGCAGCUCAGUGAUUUACUACAGGAUCCAAACUGUCAACUCAAGACACUGAGACUUUCAAACUGCAGUAUCACUGAAGAAGGUUAUAAAGCUCUGGCUUCAGCUCUGAGAUCAAACCCUUCACACCUGAUAGAGCUGGAUCUCACAGGAAAUGAUCCUGGAGAAUCAGGAGUGAAGCAGCUCAGUGAUUUACUACAGGAUCCAAACUGUCAACUCAAGACACUGAGGUUUUUGGGUCCUGCUGCAGAUGAAGGCUGUCAGUAUGUGACUGGAAUUGUGGGUAAAAACCCGUUACUCCUGAGAGAGCUGAAUCUGAGUGAACAUGAACUAGGAGACACACAAGUGAAUCAGAUCGCUGCUCUACUUCAGGAUAAACACUGUACACUCAACACACUGAUUCUGAAGAACAACUGUAUCACAGAAGGAGGUUGUCAGGUUCUGGCUGCAGCUCUAAAUUCAAACCCUUCAAAUCUGACAGAGCUGGAUCUGAGUGAGAAUAAACUAGGAAACCCAGGAAUGAAGAUCAUCUCCACUCUGUUUGAAAAUGUACAGUGUAGACUGGAAAAGCUGAAACUUUCAAACUGCAGUAUCACUGAAGAAGGUUAUAAAGCUCUGGCUUCAGCUCUGAGAUCAAACCCUUCACACCUGAUAGAGCUGGAUCUCACAGGAAAUGAUCCUGGAGAAUCAGGAGUGAAGCAGCUCAGUGAUUUACUACAGGAUCCAAACUGUCAACUCAAGACACUGAGGUUUUUGGGUCCUGCUGCAGAUGAAGGCUGUCAGUAUGUGACUGGAAUUGUGGGUAAAAACCCGUUACUCCUGAGAGAGCUGAAUCUGAGUGAACAUGAACUAGGAGACACACAAGUGAAUCAGAUCGCUGCUCUACUUCAGGAUAAACACUGUACACUCAACACACUGAUUCUGAAGAACAACUGUAUCACAGAAGGAGGUUGUCAGGUUCUGGCUGCAGCUCUAAAUUCAAACCCUUCAAAUCUGACAGAGCUGGAUCUGAGUGAGAAUAAACUAGGAAACCCAGGAAUGAAGAUCAUCUCCACUCUGUUUGAAAAUGUACAGUGUAGACUGGAAAAGCUGAAGUUAAACUGCAUCAGUAUUACAUAUGAAGGUUGUGCUGCUCUGGCAUCAGUGUUUAAUUCAAACCUCAGAGAGCUGGAUCUGAGCUGGAAUCAAAUAGGAGACUCUGGAGUGACAGAAAUCUCCAGUCUGCUGAGAAAUUCACAGACACUACAGAUACUCAGACUUUCAGACUGCAGCAUCACUGAAGAAGGUUAUAAAGCUCUGUCUUCAGCUCUGAGAUCAAAUCCUUCACACCUGAUAGAGCUGGAUCUCACAGGAAAUGAUCCUGGAGAAUCAGGAGUGAAGCUGCUCAGUGAUUUACUACAGGAUCCAAACUGUCAACUCAACACACUGAGGUUUUUGGGUCCUGCUGCAGAUGAAGGCUGUCAGUAUGUGACUGGAAUUGUGGGUAAAAACCCGUUACUCCUGAGAGAGCUGAAUCUGAAGGGAUAUGAACUAGGAGACACAGAAGUGAAUCAGAUCUCUGCUCUACUGCAGGAUAAACACUGUACACUCAACACACUGAAUCUGUGUGAUUGCAGUAUUACAGAGAAACAGUGUCUCAUCCUGACUUCAGCUCUGAAAUCAAACCCAUCACACCUGAGAGAACUGAACCUGAGCUGGAAUAAACUACUAGGAGACUCUGGAGUGAAACACCUCAGUGAUCUACUGAUGAACACACAAUUCAAGCUGGAGAAACUACAUCUGUUAGGAUGCAGUAUUACAGAGAAACAGUGUGUCAUCCUGACUUCAGCUCUGAAAUCAAACCCAUCACACCUGAGAGAACUGGAGCUGAGCAGGAAUAAACUACUAGGAGACUCUGGAGUGAAACACCUCAGUGAUCUACUGAUGAACACACAAUUCAAGCUGGAGAAACUAGAUCUGUGUAGAUGCAGUAUUACAGAGAAACAGUGUCUCAUCCUGACUUCAGCUCUGAAAUCAAACCCAUCACACCUGAGAGAACUGAACCUGAGCUGGAAUCAAAUAAGAAACACAGGACUGAAUCACUUAUGUGACGUACUGAAGGAUUCACGCUGUAAACUGGAGAGAUUGAGUCUUCGUGUCUGUGACAUUACAGAUGUUUCUUUGACAAACACAAAAGCUCUGCAGUUUCUAAAACAGCUUGAUCUGAGAUACAAUAAGAUUAGCGACUCAAAGCAGAAGCUCAUUGAUGUGCUGCGAGACUCAAACUGUGAACUGAGUCUCUGAUAGAGAUCCAUCACCAAAAAUCCCAUCAAUCCCAAGAAAUACGCCAUUGAGUUCAAUCACCAAAAGCUGAUAAAUGCUGUGUAUCAUAAAGUGAAGUGUUCUUGAGAGGAGCAGUAAACAUCAGCUGAAGAUCCACAGAAGAGCUUCACUACUGUGUCUAUGAGGAGAAAUAAAUGUGUGAUAAAUGUGUAAAUGUGAUCCAUACAGGUGAAGAGACUCAGACUUUACAAUCAAAUAAUGCAGCAUGUGUGUUAGAAACAUGAUAUUGAAUGAUUCAUGUUGCUUUAGUAUUCAAGCAGAUGAUCAUUGUGUUUAAUGUAAAGCCGGAGAAUAUUAUAUUAUUAUGAACUCUGUCUCUGUUAAAAUACUUUCUCUGCUCAGAAAUCAGGCUCUUGGUGUAAGACUGUAAGGUCUCCAAAUAUCUGUUUUUAUAUCAAUUUGAUUUAAUUAAUGAAAAGAGCAGGAAUCAAUCAAUUUGAUCUCUCUUUGUUAAUAUUUCUUCUCCUUCAGUGUUAUAUGGUAAAUAUGUUUUCUUCAUUUGUGGGGAAGAUUUUUGUAAAGUUGUUAGUAAUUACUGUAUAACAAAUCAAACUAGAGUCAUUUAAAAUAUAAUAUCUUGUGAAAGACACAUUAGAGCGUUUUCAGCUGGAUAUAGAUUACAAAUGAUCUUUUUAUAAUUGUGAAAGAGUCUGUGCAUUUAUUUUCUGAAAGUCCCGUUCAUCUUUAUUUGGGAAUGAAAUGUGAUCAUUGCUAAGUGUUACAUUAAACUGCAGUCUAAUCUUAAA